AUGGUAGCGACGGAGCGAAGACCUAGCACUGAUAAACAAAUAAUAGAUAAUUUUCAACUAGAGCAAGGAGAAAUUGAUAACAAGGAUGAAAAAGACAAUACCACUGAACUGUCUCCUUUGAAACCAUUAAAAGUUAAGAAUAAAAGACAAGAGAAUGAAACGAAGAAGAGACUUACAUUCAUGGAAAGGAUUACAUUAAUUAAAAGAAACAUAACAGUGGAACCUAUCAUGUUGUGUUACGUAAUGCCAAGUGUAUUAGCAUCUUUGGCUACACAAAAUUUGAAUUUGGAAAAAGCAUGCCGCGUCAAUUUGAAUUAUUCUGAUGAAGUUUGCACUGCACUCACCUUACGUCAGACAGAAAACUAUACGGAAUACGAAAGUAAUGUCCAAUUGCUUAUAGCCAGUAUACAAGGUUGGAAAAACGCUAUGCAAACUACUAUUCCAGCUAUCCUGAUUUUGUUUGUCGGUGCAUGGAGUGACAAAACUGGAAAACGGAAAGCUUGUAUCAUGUUGCCUAUUUUUGGAGAAUUCCUUACUUGUAUAGGUUUCCUGUUUAAUACAUACUUCUUUUAUGAGUUACCAGCGGAAAUGGCUGCUUUAACAGAGUCAUUAUUUCCAGCUAUAACAGGCGGAUAUUUCACUAAUUUCGUCGGAGUAUUUAGCUACAUUGGGGAUAUCACUACAACUGAAGAAAGAACUUUUAGGGUUGGCAUAGUAAACCUCUGCAUGAUGUUGGGAUAUCCCCUUGGAAGUGCUUUGAGUGGAGUUCUGUUGUCAGCAAUCGGUUAUUAUGGAGUGUAUUCUCUAUCAGCAUCUUUGUAUUUUUUAAGUUUAAUAUACGGGUACUACACGUUGAAAGAUGUUAAAAAGAAACCAUCUGAUCCGAACAGCAAAGGCGGGUGCAUAGGAUUUGUCAAAGAGUUCUUCAAUACAAAGUUGGUGCUCGAAACAUUCAAUGUCGCCUUCAAAAAAGGUCCUGGAAAUAGAAGAAAGAGAGUUGUGUUCCUGCUAAUCGGCGUUUUUGUUGUUUUUGGACCUAUGAUUGGGGAAUACACUGUAUCAUAUCUUUUUACUAGAUAUAGAUUCAACUGGGACGAAAUACAGUACAGUAUAUGGUCUACAUAUAGUAUGUUCACCAACUUACUUGGUACUGUAUUUUCAGUAAGUUUAUUCAGUAACUACUUAAAACUUGACGACUCUAUAUUAGGGAUCAUUUCUAAUUCGAGUAAGAUCGUAGCCUGCUUCGCUUAUGCUUUCGCCAGGAAUAAUUUGGAAAUUUAUCUAGCACCUCUGCUUGAGAUUCUGAAUGGAACAUCGUAUAUAGCAUUACGAUCGAUAGCUUCAAAAUUAGUCAGUGGCGAUGAAUUUGGCAAAGUUAACUCUCUCCUCGGUUUUGCUGAGGCGAUAUUGCCUUCGGUGUACGGGCCUCUCUACUCCAGAGUUUAUAUGGCAACCCUUGAUAUUCUGCCUGGUGCUGUGUUCCUAAUGGGAGGCGCUCUUACACUGCCUUCUUUUGCUAUAUUUGGGUGGCUGUAUUGUGAGCAUAAGAAAGACAAGUUAAGAGAAGAGGCAUCCAAAGUUGACGCUGAGAAACAGCCAACUAUUUAGUAAAAAACAUUACUACGUCUUAUAGCGCUUACUAUUGCAUCUGUAGUUUUUGUUUAAGCAAUAAUUAGGAUAUAUUUAUUUGAUCACUACUAAACGGAAGGAUCUGCAGAAAAUGCUGAACAGCCUUAAUGCUGCCUCAUUAGCGGUCGGUAUUCGGGUGAAUUUGGACAAGACUAAGGUCUUGUUCAAUGAGCUCGUCAUCCCGGAGCCGAUCUCAAUUAAUGGCGAAACGUUCGAAGUUGUCCGAGAAUAUGUCUCCUCGGGCAAACCCUGCAACUAGGUAGAGACAACUUCGAGCGUGAAAUAGCUAGGAGAGUGCAGCUGGGUUAGGCAGCAUUUGGGAAACUGCGUCGUGUCUCCUCGUCACCACUCCCGCAGGGCCUGAAGACCAGUGUUUACAACCAACGCGUCCUACUGAUCAUGACUUACGGAGCCGAGACGUGGCAUAUGUCGGUCAAACUGACUCACAGACUACACGUCGCUCAGCGAGCUAUGGAAAGAUCUAUGUUGGGUAUCUCGUUAAGGAACAAAGUCCGAAACGAAGUUAUCGGCAUAAGACUAAAGUUGUGGACAUCGUCCAGAAAUAUAGCAAGCUCAGUGGCAGUAGCCUGGCCACAUCUGUCGCAGAACCGAUGAGCGACGGGCUCUCGAGUGGAGACCACGUCUCGGCAAACGUAACAUAGGACGGCCCCCUGCAAGAUGGACCGACGAUCUGAAGAAGGUCGCGGGAAGUUGUUAGAUGCGGAAAACGGGUGAUCGGGCACUAUGACGUACACUUGAGGCUUAUGUCCAGUAAUGGUCUGCAACAGGCUGAUUGAUUGAUUGAAACGGAAGUACAUAUAAGAAGUGCUUUAGGUACGAAGUAGUUCCCGUGGUGAAGCAGAGAACUGUCGAACGAAUACUUUGUGAGCAAAGAGAGAGUACUAUCAUAAUAAUGUAAAAGUUACGACGCACAAAAUUAAAUAAAUAACUCAAGUAACUAUGUAACAAAAGCAAAAAGUAAACGUUAUUAUCUUUAUAAACAGAUAAGAAAGUCCUGUUGUUAAACUAAUCUAUUUAAUAAACCACAAUCUUUUAUCGUAAACUUAAUGUUUUAAAUCUUUAUUAUGCCGUCUUGGUUCUUGGAAAAUGAACUUACCUCUGCGAAUUUAUAAAACAUAUUUAGAAAAUACAAAUGGAUGAAUGGUGCCUCGUUUUCAGGCCAAGUAUCAUAUAAAUCGCUAUCCUGUAAAUUGCUUAAAUUAUGAUAUUUAAACCUUUCCUUAUUUUAUAAUGAUCAUUAUCAUUAGUAGGAACAGAUAACUCUAUUUGUGAAAGAGUUAUUAGUUAAGCAUGGCUAUUUCAGCCACCAAUCAGUCUUCGUCUUUUCAUAUCUAUAGCAUACACUAUAAUGCUUGCCAUCGUGGUAAAAGUAAUAACAGUAAUCUCAGCAACUGUUACCACACGCAC